AUGUCUAUACGAAAAGAUAGACGGCAAAUGCACAACAGCCAACGAAAAGUAAAACCAAAAGGUACUUUUCUUUGAAAAUAUUUUACUUGAAUUUCUGUUUUCAGAUGCUUCACAUGUUCAUUGCCCGUCUAUAGGCAAUCUCCAGAAGCAUUUUGGUUCAAAUGAGAAUUUUUUUCUUAUGAAAUGGAUUUUCAGAUAAGGAAUGCUGUGCAUUUUUGAAAUCUCUGAAGGGAAGUCUUAAGUUUUACAAAGGUUUAAUUCUCUUACUUUUCUAUGAAUAAAAAUUUUCAGAACUUGUCGGAAAGUCGAUUGAACCACUGGACAAAAAGUUACGAGCGUUACAUAAAAAGUUGAAGCUUAUAGAUAUGGAAACACGGUCGCUGAGGCACUGGAAGCAAUUCCAUCUCGAUAUCAUCACUCAGUUCAGAGCGCAAUUUGUGUUAAACUUCAUAUGCACACUUCAGCGGUCCCGAGAUUAUCGAAAUGUUUAAUUUAGACGAUUUCCGACCCGUAGAAGAGGUAGUGGAGGUAAAGUGAAUAAAUAAAUAUUAAUUUUUGUUUUUAAGAAUCUUUCUCCUUCUACGAAGAACUAUGUUCAUGAUAACUUGAAGACAUGGCGUUCAUUCCACGACAACAAAAAAAUGGUAGGUGUUCUUCAAAAAGUAUUACCAUGUUGAAAGUAAUUUCCGCGGAAGUCUCACUCUCCAAAAUCUAAUUAUAUUUUUCUUUCUUUGACGGCUAUUUUGGAUUUUACUUUGAACACGGCAUCAUCGAAGUGAUUCCGCGAAAUCCAAUGUAGUUUUCGGCAAAAGAAAAAGAUAAAUAGAUUUUGAAGAGUGAAAGAUAAUUUUGCAUUACGCGGAAAUUAGUUUGAACACGGCUAUGAAACAAUUUUUUCAGGAGACGGGACUAUGAGAAAGAAGUUGAAGAGAUCAAAAUGUUGGAAAAAGAUUAUUCGGAAGAUUUUGAGAAAGACGCGCUUGUGAAAGAGAUCAUUCUGUUCGUAGGUGCUGAGAAUUUCUAUACAUGAGGUUUUAGUCUGUCCGAAAAUCCUCGCGUGAGUGUUAAAAGUUUCAUAUGACCUGAGAGGGAAAAAGAAAGCCCCUUUGUUAAAUAAAAAAACUUCUAUAUAAUUUAUUUUUCUGGAAAUCAGCUGCUCGGCAAAAUUACAUUUUGAAGUUUAGAAGAACGUGAGCUUUUUUCUCUCGAAGACGUCUGCUCACGGAGUCCUGAAGAAUUGAAAGAGUAAGUAAUCAUUUUAUAGAAAAGUCACGAGUUUAGAAUUCUGGAAGGAGCUUUGGCUAGUCUGGAUGCACAAAGGAGCUCUAUGUUGAUGAAGAUUCCUCAAAUGGCCCGACGCAUUUCGACGGAAAAGUGGCACGCCCGCCAUUUUGGUUCCUUUUUUUGAACAUGAAUUGUGAUUUGAUUCUCGAUACAGGAUCUUCGGAAGAAUCCAUUCACAGCACGACGUCUGAAGAAAACUUUUCGGAGACUUCGUCUUUGGCUGGUCAAGAGGACCGAAGCAAAAGCGACGAGCUUUCGAUAAGUGAUGAAGAUGACGUUUCCAGCAGUGAUGAUGAAUCUCUCGAUUUGAAUUCUUUUUUUGACAACAAUUGA